AUGACGUCGCUCAUGGAUCACCAAGCUCGUGAGACUGUCGGAUACUCCUUCUCUGAGUCCACAGCUGGUGUCAAGCAACAUGGAUUCUACCCUUACACGGACAAUGGUGGCUCCACUCUGGGCAUCACAGGUUCCGAUUUCGCCAUCCUGGCUGGCGACACCCGUUCCACAUCCGGCUACAAUAUCAACUCUCGCAUGGUUCCCAAGGUCUUCAAGAUUGGCGGUGAUGACGAGACAGGCGAGGGCGCCAACAUCAUCCUCUCCGUGGUGGGAUUCGCCGCCGAUGGCACUGCCCUCAAGGAACGACUCGAUACCGUGGUGAAGAUGUACAAGUACCAGCACGGGAAACCCAUGUCCGUCUCCGCCUGUGCCCAGCGCUUGUCGACUAUUCUAUACCAGAAGCGGUUCUUCCCUUACUACGUACACGCUAUCUUGGCCGGUCUGGAUGAGGAGGGCAAGGGUGCUUUGUACAGCUACGACCCCGUGGGUUCAUACGAAAGGGAGCAAUGCCGUGCUGCCGGUGCUGCUGCGAGCUUGAUCAUGCCUUUCCUGGAUAACCAGGUCAACUUCAAGAACCAAUACAUUCCUGGAAGUGGGGAGGGUCAUGCCCUUGUGGCGAAGAAGCCCGAGCCUCUGCCUCUAGAAACAGUCAAGGGUCUUGUACGGGACGCCUUCACGAGUGCAGUGGAGCGACACAUUGAGGUUGGUGAUAAUUUGCAAAUGGUCAUUAUCACCAAGGCUGGAAUUGAGGAGGUGUAUCACCCUCUGAAGAAGGAUUAG